CUUACGAACAUGGUAGUGUUGGCAAUUGUAUCCAAUUGUUUACCACCAAUUUGCGAACAACUGAAUAACGCACACUGUUAAACAAACACGAUGCAGUGUCACAAACAGAACGGAAAACACUUUAACAACUGUAGUGAGGAGUGAGGGGAGGUGUGUGAAGAUUUACGGUAGUGCGGUAUUGAUUUAUAUUUGAACGAUUUGCUGCGUCGGAUAGGUAUGAACAAUGGCAGAAAAGGGAGUUACAGAAUUACUUUAUUCUCCCCUUCCUGAGACACUUCAGGAACGAGUGUUUGGAGCAACACAGUCAGCUGUUGAUAGCGACUCAAAAGAGCAAGCAGUAAAAGCAUAUUUAUCAUCAGUAUUACCUGCUACUGACACAAAGCGGAUAAAUGGAGAACUGAAAAAGAGGCUGCUGUUAGCAAAACAUAGGUUGAAAGGUCAUAAGAGAUCACAGCGACAGAAGAAAUCUCAGCUGACCCUUAGUGAAAAGAGGGAACUUGGCUUGCACAAGUUGAAUAAAAGUGGCUUGAAAUAUAGUGACUUUUGUCCAUUACAUUCCUUAUGGAAACAAUAUUUCAGUUCCUAUAUAGAUAUAAGUUUUUUAAAAGAGUCUGGCUUUACUGCAGAACCAACAGACAAGCACUGGGACCAUGUUUCAAGACUGCUCAUGAAAGCCGAUUAUCAUGGAUGUCUUUUGACAGUCACUCGUUCUCGAUGUCCAAGCCUUGUUGGCAAGCAGGGUCUGGUUGUGCUGGAGACAAAGAACACAUUCCAGCUUGUAACAGUUGAAAACAGACUAUUAAUUGUGCCAAAGAUGAACAGUAUAUUUACGUUCACUUUGUCAUCAUUUACUUUUACCAUAUAUGGGAAGCACUUUUGCAUCAGGCCUAGUGAACGAAGCGCAAAGAAAAUAAAAUCAUUCUUGUUGCCAGAUCUAUAGUUGGGUGCAAAACUCAUCACACUUCAGCCAUGCAUGAAUUUUGGUUGUACAGCAGUCUUUUGUCUUGGCCAGUGUGGUGUGCUGUGAAUAAAAGGUGUGAAGAAACCCUUUUUUUAAGAGAACACAACCCAAUAGAAUAGUGUAAUGCUCCUGCUCUUCUCAACUGUUAAAUAUAUUUAUACUUCCAUUGUAAUAGCAGUGUAUUCUAAAAUAACAAGUUUGUUGUAAUGUUAUAAAUGUUACCCAAGAGAAGCAUAAUUUUUACAUGUCUCCAUUAGAUGCCUGGUUUUGUGUUAUCUGUAUGUCACCUGUGAAGCUGGUGAUUUGAUGUGCAUGAAUUAUCAUGUAUGACAUAUUUUGCAGUUUUUAGGAAAUUAACAAAAACUGUUAAUUCCAGAUAAAUAUUGUAAAAUAAAAAUGAAAUAGCAGAAAUGUAUUGUUUAUGUAUACAG